CCAAAACCACCCAGGCCCUGCCCCGAGCCGCCAGUGUUCCAAAGCCGUAAUCAAAACCUUAAUUUCAUCGAACCAUCUGUCUUUUUCUCUCUCUGUCUCUCUCUAGAUCUUGUGAAUUGUGAUUCUGCUUCAACCUUAAGAAACCCCCCAAAAUGGCAGCGAUGAUGUCGCGCAGAUUCAUGGCCAACCUUCUCAAGCCAACUCCUACUUGCUCAUUCUCCUUGACCCACUCCAUCACUCAAACUCAAAAACCCAACUUUUCAACCCAAAAAAAUCAUAAUCAUUUCACAUCUUCUUCCUCAAACUCCAUAACCUCCCUAAACCUAAUCAACACUCUUACUGCUAAAUUAAUGAACCACCCCACAAUUACAAAACCCAGAUUUUGCCCUCAAUCGAUACUUUCACCAAAUCCAAAACCCAGAUUCUUUCCAAAUCCAAACAACAACCCAAAAAUCCCAAACCAAUGGAAAAUUGAUCAAAACCCCACCAGAUAUUUUUCAUCAGAAUCAUCAGAGAAGGAACCCCAGAAGCCAAAAACAGCAUAUCCAAGCCAAGACCCGGAAUUCAAGCACCAAGAGAUCGAGGGCCCCACGGUGGAGCGAGACCUCUCAGCCUUGGCCAACGAGACCCGGCAAUCCCUUCAAGGGAUGAUGAAGACCAUCUAUGGGCUGAGCAGGGCCUUGGCUCUUCUGGGCCUGGCCCAUCUCGGCCACGGAGUUUGGAUCCCUUACUCAACUGGAGAAAUUUUGGUUUUAGAGUCGGUUGAGAGUGUAGUGGCGUUUGGGUUUUCAAUGAGUAUGGCGUUCAUGUUGAGGCGGUCACUGAAGCCACUUUACUUUUUCAAGAAGAUGGAAGAGCAAGGAAGAUUGCAGAUAUUGACUUUGACUCUCCAGGUUGCUAAGAAUCUCAAUCUACUCUUUCUAAGGAUUCGUGCACUUUCUUACUUGUCCAUUGCUGCCUUGUCUUCUGCCCUCUUGCUCACUUUGCUCUCCAGAUGAUACGACUCUUUGGUUGGUCUCUUCUUGUGUUUUCUUUUUACAAGAUUGAUAUUUUGAAUUUACUUUCGUGUUUUUUACAAGAUUGUCUUAGCUUUGCUUAGUACUUGCUACUUUCUUUUUUCU